AGCCCGAAAGUGCUGGGUGAUCUCCCUUCUCUCUCUCUCUCUCUCUCUCUCUCUCUCCACUCUCGUUUUCCCCAGCUUGCAAACUGCAGCCGCCUGCUUGGCCGACUGUUUUGCAGCAAGAGAGGAAACCAGCCUUGGGGGGUUUUUCUCAAGAAGACUCGCAUCUCUUUUUCUUUUCCUGCCCCUGCCCGGGGAGAGGAGCAGCGUAGCAGUGCAGAGACGGACUUCGGCACAGCAUCCAGAGACUGGUACUGCGUGGGGGAUUGCAUUUAUUUUGCAAAGCGUCAUUGCCCUUUUAAUUGUCUUCCUUGGUCUUCGGUGCACCGUCUUGCUUUGCCCCUUGAGGACAUGCCCACGUGGAAACUUUUGCAGCCACCGACCACCUCUGGCUAUUUCUGACUUUGCAAAAGAGUCCCUGCAAACCUGAGCUACCCACCCAGGUCUCUCCUGCACGCCGUCCGACGAUGGUACUUCUAGAUGAUAACCGGAGGCUGCGUCUGGCUCUUUCCUGACCCAUCCCCUCGUCCUUGGGAAUCUCGAGUUGGGCUCAUAAAACUUCCACCUUCUCUUGACAUCCUUCUGCCGCCGCCGCCGCCGCCCCCUCGCUGUUGCCAAAAAGCCAGGAGCUCCAAGGAUCGUCCCUUCGGGGUUGGGAAGAAUUGGCAGAGAGAGCCCCGAUUUUAGAGGCCUUUGCUGGACAGGUUCCUGUGGGCCUCGCCUCGGUCGUCGAAGUCGGGGGCUUGGGAGGGGGGGGGGAUCAAAGAGAUGGGCAGCACCGCCAUGGACACCAAGAAGAAAGAUGCAUCUUCCAGCAGCAAGAAAAGUUCCAGCCAGAAGAAGCGUGUGUUGCGAGUUCACAUCCCAGAUCUCAGCUCAUUUGCUAUGCCAUUCCUGGAUGGAGACGUGGACAAUACAGAGAAACAUGCUUCGCGAAAGGCAGAAGAAAGCUACUGCACGGGCAGCCCUUCCAAAGGACUUUUCUCAAAGGGGCUCCAGAACCGGCCUUCCAGCCCGGCCUCCGCCCCCGUCAAAUCAAAACACAGUCCGGGCUCACCCAAAACAGUGUUCCCUUUCCCAUAUCAGGAGUCGCCACCUCGCUCCCCUCGCCGUAUGAGCUUCAGUGGAAUCUUCCGGUCCUCCUCCAAAGACUCUUCCUCCUCUGGCUCUAACCCAUCUACCUCGCCCGGGGGGAUCAAGUUCUUCUCGAGAUCGAGAAAAACCUCUGGUCUCUCCUCUUCUCCGUCGACCCCAACACAAGUGACCAAGCAGCCAACAUUUCCAAUUGAAUCCUACAAACAUGAACCCGAGAGGCUAGAGACGCGGAUCCACACAUCCUCUUCCCCCCUGGAUACAGGACAGAGAUUCAGCCUGCCACCAGGACAAAGCCUGGCUAAGCCCCCCACUCCAGCACACAGCCCGUCUGCUACCGCAAAAGCAGCAGCGCCGCCGCCUCCUCCUCAGUCCCCGGCCGCUUCCGAAGGGAUGCUGGAGAAACUGGAGCUCGAGGAUGAAGCUGUUGGUGAAUCGGAAAGUGACAUCUACAUGAGAUUCAUGAAGUCACAUAAAUGUUAUGACAUUGUUCCAACAAGCUCAAAGCUUGUAGUUUUUGACACUACACUACAGGUAAAGAAGGCUUUCUUUGCCUUGGUGGCAAAUGGUGUUCGUGCAGCUCCACUGUGGGAGAGUAAAAAACAAAGCUUUGUAGGAAUGUUAACUAUUACCGAUUUCAUUAAUAUACUGCAUAGAUACUAUAAGUCUCCAAUGGUACAAAUCUAUGAAUUAGAGGAACACAAGAUUGAAACAUGGAGGGAGCUUUAUUUACAAGAAACCUUUAAGCCUUUAGUGAAUAUUUCACCAGAUGCAAGCCUUUUUGAUGCUGUAUAUUCACUGAUCAAAAACAAAAUCCACAGAUUGCCAGUUAUUGACCCUGUGAGUGGAAAUGCACUUUAUAUACUUACUCAUAAAAGAAUACUCAAGUUUCUCCAGCUUUUUGUAUCAGAAAUGCCAAAGCCUGCCUUUAUGAAGAAAAAUCUGGAUGAACUUGGGAUAGGAACGUACCAUAAUAUCGCUUUUAUACACCCAGACACUCCUAUCAUUAAAGCCUUGAAUAUAUUUGUAGAUAGAAGGAUAUCGGCACUACCUGUUGUGGAUGAGUCAGGAAAAGUUGUAGAUAUUUAUUCCAAAUUUGAUGUAAUAAAUCUUGCUGCUGAAAAAACUUAUAAUAACUUAGAUAUCACAGUGACGCAAGCUCUACAACACCGCUCUCAGUAUUUUGAAGGUGUAGUGAAAUGUAAUAAGCUGGAAACGCUGGAGACCAUUGUGGAUCGGAUAGUUAAAGCUGAGGUUCAUCGGUUGGUGGUGGUAAAUGAAGCAGAUAGUAUUGUUGGUAUCAUCUCCCUCUCUGACAUCUUACAAGCAUUAGUGCUCACACCAGCAGCAGGUGCCAAACAAAAGGAAAGUGAAACUGAAUGAUUGCUGUGAAUGUAGACACACCUUUGUAGAAGAACUUGAGGAAAGUUACUGGGUCAUCUUUGCCUCAAGAACACUGACGGCAGUAGAGAAGAACAAAAUGGUGAUGAGAAUGUUUGUGUAUUGGACUGAGUGAUGGGUAGCUAGUCUGUUAUUUCCCAGUGACGGUCGCCAAAAAAAAAAAAAAAAAAAGCAGCAUGACAAAACGCUUAUGUAUUCAAUAUAGGCUUGCAUUUCAAAAUGUUUGCCGAAAAAUUCCACCCAAUGUCCAUCUAAAAUGCACUGUAUCCUGAAACAAUACCAUUUUUUGUAUUUGAUAGAAGUCACUGGUCAGCAAGAGAUCUCUGACAUAAGGCAAGUGUUUGGCAUAUUCAUAUCAUAGUGCCUUAUGUCAAAAAGCCAACAAUAUGUCAUCACUGUUGCCCAUCACAAUAAGAGGAAGUAUUGUGAGAAAGAAGACACUGUAUCUGAAUAUUCAAGUCGCUAAACCUAAAACCAAAUCAGUUUCAGUUAUUAUUAGAUUUGUCAUAAAAAACUGUAAUUUGAAUAUCAGUAGAUUACUUUAAAACUUUAAUGACAUUUUUGUGUGGUUUAUAAAUGUUGCAUUCUGAACAGAGAUGGUAAAACAAGACUGAUUUAAAACCAGCUUUAUUUAUUUUUAUUUUCUGCAAUUUUUUUACACAUCUUUGGUGGAUAGCUAAAAUUUCACCAUAUUCAUUAAUAAAACAUUGAUUGUU